AUGGUCGCUCACGCUGCCGUGUCACGUUCUACCCUCUUCUUCCUCCUCCUCGUCAUCGCAAGCUCAACCCUCAUUCAAACACACGCGCAAAGAGCCCCCUCUCACCCGCGGCCCAUUCCAGGCGACUCUCCCCUUCCACCUCUCCCGCAAACGCAGCAGAAGAAUGCGAUCCCAAUCUCUCCUUCGGCCUCAACAAGCGCUGCUGGAGACUCGUCGCUCAGAUCUCACUCCCACUCAGGUGCUCAUCUAGGACCUGUAGAUCCUGAUGCUCGUAGCAACACGGGGACGACGUGGAAGGGGGACUCCUGGGAGGAAUUGCCCUCGAGGUGGAAGGAUUACCUGCCGAGGGCUGUGGGUGGGAGCAGCAAUGGAGAGGGAAGAUCAGUGAGACCCUCUAAUAGUGGCCUGAAGUAUGGGCAGGCUUCAUCGCCUGCUGGACCGGCCGGAUACAAUGCGCCGCCGUCUGUGUCCCCACCGUCUGCUAAAGGGACUGUCAAGGUCGCGUCCAAAGGACCGGCUCAGCAGACUCGUACCUCGAGACCAGCAGAGGUGUACGACGAGCCAGAUGAGAGCGAAGAUGAAGAGGACGAUGACGAAGAAGAUGACGAGGAUGAGGAGAUCUGGCGUGCGUACAGGGAAAAGAAGGAGGAAGAGGCUCUGCUGCGAAGACACCUCAAGAGUCGUGCUCGACAGGAAGCUCUCCGGGCGGGAAAGAGCGCACGUCGAGCUGCUAAGGCCGUCUUGCCCAAUAAUGGCGAUCAAAAGGGAAGCACUACCAGCUCAGACGAUUCGCAUCACUCUCUCAUGGAUGGAAUCAAAGCGCUCUGGUCCACCUUUGCAGCUUGCUUUGGCUUCAUCUGGUACUCCGUCAGGCUCUGCACGCGCUACACCUCCCUCUUCACCCGCUUCAUCUGGAGCGCUCUACGCUUCUCCCUCCGUCACGUAGGUCGAGCCUUUCUCCUCGUAUGGGCUACAGGCAAGUAUGCAGUGCGACAGGUCCUGAGACCGUUGCGCGUGGUGGGCGCACCGGUGGUGUACUUGUUCUUGGGAGUGAAGUGGACUUUUUGGGAUUGGCCGUCGUACUACGUCUUCAGGACGAUGAGGGAGGUGUACCCGCUCUACGUCUUCCUCGGCGCGGCCUUGGCACUAGGAACAGCCAUCGGCCUCUCCUCUUCCGUCGUCCUCUACCUCGGCUCCUUCCUCUUCAACACCCGCUCCCCUCUCGAGUCUCACCUCAGCUCAUGGCAAAAGUCCGAAAUAAGCGAGCUGGACAGACGCUUAGAGGUCGGUGUGCAAAAAGGCGCGGCGGCCAUCGAUUCAGCAUUGGGUGCAGGGGGAGCUAUUGGGGGGCAGGCAAAGAAGAGUCGUAGAGAUGGUCGUAGUCGGACGAGCAAGAGGAGUAGCGCCAGUCGUGCUGGUGCCGAGGAGAGCCUGAUCGACAAGGCCAUGCGGGAGCGAGCUCAAGGCGGCGCUACUGGUCCUUCCCCGCCUCGUCGGCACGGUACCCGCUCUCGAACAUCGACAGAAGAUGUACAAGAGCAGGAAGAGGAGCUUCCCGAUUUCCUCAAGGGGCUAGGAUCCUCCUGGAAACCCCUUCCUAGAGCACGCGAGACGACGGCGACAUCAGGUCUAGAAGGGGACACUAGUGGUCAUACAGGCCCAGGUACCAGUACUACUACUAGUGCCGACACGACGGGCGAGGAGGAGGAGGAGGAGGAGGUCGAUGAGAAUGGAGAGCCAGAAGACUACUUUUCCGUCCCACCAGCAACACAGAGGCGCUACCAAUCCCCCAGCUUAGCAAGAAGUGGCAGUGGUGGUGGUGGCAGUGGUGGCCUUUCGCCAUACACCCACCACCAGCAACAGCAGCAGGCACGCCCAGCUGCGACCUUUUCGGCGUACAGCUCUGCGCUCCCACCAGGGAACAGCUACCGACACGGCCAGGGCCAGGGCCAGGGCCACGGGUACGGAUACGGGACAGGUGUCUCACCCCUCUCACAUCCUGCUGCAAGUGGCAGUGGCAGUGGCAGUGGCAGUGGCAGUAUUUCCACCUCUUCCUCUGGUUCGACAAGCAGAAGACGCUCCCUACCCAGCCACAGCCACAAUGGCACUCACAACGGGAGUGGGAGUGGUAUCCCCUCUCCUCCUGCCUACUUCUCCAGCGGCCCUGGCACUGGCAGUGGUCUUAACAGUGCGAAUGGUCCUCCCCCCUUCCCUUCCCCACUAGGCCUUUAUGGUCAACCCAUCUCUAGCUUAGGAGGUGGUGGUGGUACCGGUACCGGUAUUGGUGUUGGUGUUGGGUCUAGUUUGCCCGUGGGAGCAACGGGCCGGCGCUCCAGGGGGGUGCACGCCAGGUAG